UUCCUGUUUCUCCUGUUUCUCCCGGUGUCGCUGGAGCAGGCUCCAGCUUCCCCUCCUCCUAGCUCCUGUCUAAACCCCCUCACACAGAUACUCAUACUGUCACUCUCCGAUUUGAGUUAUUUGGUGAGGGGAGAGGGCUUUCCUGGUGAUGGAUGGAAGGCUGAGGGGCUGGGCAGGAGGUGGACUCUGGGUUUUGACCCAGAACUUACAACUUGGCAUCUUGACCCCCAGGCCACUCCCUGUCUCCUGUCCCUAGGGUUUGCUUUCCCAGACUGGGCCUACAAACCGGAGUCCUCGCCUGGCUCGCGGCAGAUCCAGCUGUGGCACUUUAUCUUGGAGCUGCUGAGGAAGGAGGAGUACCAGGGCGUCAUCGCCUGGCAGGGGGACUACGGGGAAUUUGUCAUCAAGGACCCGGAUGAGGUGGCCCGGCUCUGGGGGGUCCGCAAGUGCAAGCCCCACAUGAACUAUGACAAGCUGAGCAGAGCCCUGCGUUACUACUAUAACAAGCGGAUUCUGCACAAGACCAAAGGGAAGCGGUUCACCUACAAAUUCAACUUCAGCAAAGUUGUUCUCGUCAACUACCCACUGCUGGAUGUGGCUGCCCCCGCUGCCACUGGCUCCCCACUCUUGUUGACCCCUGGCCCCUUUGGGGGGGCGCACGGGCCAGAUGCUCCACCCCUGACCCCUGAGCUCUGA